UGGAAGGGAAACAGAAAGAGAGUUGAGACUUACGGAGGCCGCACACAAGUUGCGCAUAUCAUCAACGCAGCAGCUGCAGUGCAGGCGCACAACGAGUCCAGAGCGCACCUCGGCUGACAUGGGUUGCUACGAAUGCUGUAUGCGAUGUUUGGGUGGGGUCCCCUACUGCUCCCUAGUGGCCACACUGCUGUGUUUCUCUGGGAUUGCACUCUUCUGUGGCUGUGGGCACCAGGCACUCACAGAGACAGAGAGAAUCAUUGAGACGUACUUCGCCCGUAACCUUCAGGACUACAUCACCCUCGCCUACAUCAUUCAGUAUUUCCAGUAUGUCAUCUACGGUUUGGCCUCGUUCUUCUUCCUGUACUGCAUUGUCCUGCUGGCUGAGGGUUUCUACACCACAAGUGCUUCCAAGCAAACCUUUGGCGAGUUCAGGAGCACCAUGUGCGGCCGCUGCCUCAGCUCCUCGUUCAUAGUGAUAACAUAUUUACUGGCUGUAUUGUGGCUGUUGGUGUUUGCCUUCUCCGCCCUGCCAGUCUACUUCUUCUACAACAUGGAUGCCACCUGCCACACCAUUGACAUUCUGACUGAGACCCCAGCGAGUAUCAACCAGCUCUGCAUUGAUGCAAGACAAUACGGACUCCUGCCUUGGAAUGCUGUACCAGGAAAAGCUUGUGGAAUGACUUUGUCGACUGUUUGCAAAACCAGAGAGUACAGAGUGACCUACAACCUCUACAUCGCCGCCUUCGCCGGUGCGGGCAUUACUCUGCUGGCUCUGCUGACCUAUACUGCAUCAACCACCUAUAACUUUGCGGUCCUACGAUAUCUGGGACGAAAGGGCGUAGGGGCACGGUGUUAGGCUUGCCAGCUUCCUGUCGUCACUGCACCGCCACCACGGGGAUCUAAAGGGAAGGCGACGCUAUUCGCCCUGUGCACAGAAUCACCUGCGGUGUUGUCUCUUCGGGCUAGACUUUACCAAUCUGCACUACCUUCCCACCAGACUUUAUGUGACUUUUCUUACUGGGAAUGAAUGCCACUGAAUUCUGUGUUUUCUCCCUUUGUGGAUUAUUAGGAUUGUGUCCAAUUUUGGCAUCUUUUUUUUUCCAGUGUGUUCAGUGCCGUGUCAAAAAAUAUUUGUAAAUUAUUGCUGAGGUUUAUGCAGUGUCACUCCCUCUUUGCGGCGCACUCAAAAUCUGAAAUAACAUUCCACUAAUCAUUUAGCAUAAUUAAGAAAUAACAAGCAAUUUGCAACAGAUGUGCAGCUCUACACGUUCUAGAGAAUGGGGGAUUAUAGGUUACCAUGGCUACCAUCCCUUACAUCUGGUUGCUGUGGAGGCAGACAAGCAUGCAUUUGCAGUCUCGCGCUGACCUCAGGACUUUUCUCACGGGCUUGAGAAAAGCCUCAACAAUGGGAGUCACGCCUGGUUUAAAAGUCCACCAAUCAGGAGUCUGUUACGGGGGCCACCUGCGCUUGGAGUCUCUGCCAAGAAUUACGUUACAUCAGGAGACGAGGUCUUCUGGACAAUAAGAGGUUCGGAUGUCUUCAAGGGAUGAAUGCAGCCCCUCUGGGACGGCAAACGCACCCACGGCACAUCCACACGCUCCUGCACGACCCCACGUCCCCCUGAACAGUGCAACCACUUCAGAGUGCGGGAAUCUUUAUUUCCAAUAGUUUUGUUCCUACAAAAGGAUGUGUUUUGUUGGUUUGUACUGAUCCAGAAAGGUCUGAAAAUGUUUCUCAU